AUCCGCUAAGGAGAAAAAGAAGAAGGCGGCGGAAGGCAAGGCAAAGGCAGGCCGAGGGAGAUAAAUUACUCCACCCCGGCCACUCGCCCCCGGCAGCGGCCAGCAGUCCUCCCCGCCCCCACCCAAAUCCCCCGCCGCCCCCCCUCGCGGAGGAGGAGGAGGCCGGCGGCCAUGGAGGAGGAGAGGAAGGGGUUCCAGCCCCACCUGAUGGGCCUGGGCGGCGGGAGCAGGCUGAGGGGCGCGGCGGGGGCGAUGGGCCUGCAGAAGCAGAACUCGUGGUCGCCCGACAUCGAGCGGGACGAGGCGUGGGAGCGGCGGCGGCGCGGGAUUCUCGGCAGGGGCCGCCGCUCGCCGCUGCAGCGCGCGCAGAGCGUCACCGACGACCAGCUCGACGAGCUGCGCGGCUCCCUCGAUCUGGGCUUCCGCUUCGACCCGCCCUCGCAGCGCUGCGCCGCCUGCGACGCCGGCAGGAGCCGCCUCGUCGAGACGCUCCCGGCGCUCGACCUCCUCUACGCCGUCGCCGCCAACGCCAACGCCGGGGGCUGCGCCGGCGCGGCCAGUCACCAGUGCUCCUGCGGCGCCUCCUCGGAGGCCUCCGAGCCGUCGCCCAUCGGGAGCCCCCUCUCCAUACUCUCCCCAGAUGACCCGCCGGAGACGGUGAAGAUGAGGCUGAAGCAGUGGGCGCAGGUGGUGGCGCUGUCCAUGCGCAGCCGCUCCUGAACCAAACCACCCAGCCAUGAAACGCCAACGUGAAAGCCAUACCGAAUUCAGAGGAGGGACAACAACCAGCAGACGCAGAAGAAAAGAAUCAUCCCCCCAUCCCUGCCUCGAGAUCGAAGAAGCAACCAAUGAUGAGCAAGCAAGCAGCGAGAAGAGAAUCUACCAGGUGUCGUCGGGCGAUCGGCCGGCCGCCUUCCACAUCUGCUCUCGCAUCGCAUCUUGGACUAGCUAUAGCUUUAGCCUGCUGCUGCUAAUCGACUUUGUGUCACAUGUUUAUCGUUGAGCAAUUCGAAACUAUACUCCGUAAUCCGCACUCCCCCUGUUAUAAUUAGCUCCUCCUCCCCUCCCCUCCGCUGAUCUUCAGCCGCGGCGGCUUUGCUUCCGUUAGUAGUCACCUCCCCUGAUUUCGUAGCAGUAAUAAUUUACUUUCGACAUCUCUGUA